AUGAUCGAGACUUGCCUCUGCUGGGUCGGCGGCAUCUUUAUCGUGACAUGCAUCGCUUAUGUGGUGUAUGUGGCUCUUGAGGUCCACGUGUUUCCUGGCCGCUCGCUCACCACGUACGGAGCAAAUCCCAAGCUGCGAGGUGCGGGAAGCUGGGCGCUCGUCACAGGUGCAACGGACGGUAUUGGGCGUGAGUUUGCGAUGCAGCUCGCCGCGCGUGGAUUCAAUAUUGUGGCUGUAAGCCGCACAGCGGAGAAACUUGCCAUCCUCAGCAAGGAGAUCGAAAGCACAAUGCCUGGCAUAAAAACCUGCUAUUAUGCGAUGGACUUUUUAAGUGCAGGCAAUGCUGAAUACGAGGGCUUAGAGCAAUUGAUUCGGCACUUGGACAUUGCUGUUCUGGUUAACAAUGUCGGCCUGUCACACACGAUGCCAGUGAAUUUCCUCGAGAUGGAUGGGCGAGAAUUAGCCUCGAUCUGCCAGGUGAAUAUUGUUGCUACAAUGCAAGUGACCCGUGUUGUAGCGCCACACCUUGUAAGGCGCGGACGUGGACUGAUUCUGAAUCUUGGGUCGUUUUCGGGACAGUGGUCUACACCACUUUUGGCGACGUAUGCUGGCUCGAAAGCCUUCCUGAUAGCAUGGACGCAGGCACUCGGCGAGGAGAUGCGCCGCUCACACGUGGAUGUUCAGCUCCUUAACACCUACUUCGUUGUAAGCAGCAUGUCAAAGGUGCGCAAGCCAUCGAUGAUGGUUCCGACGCCGAAGAACUUUGUACGCUCUGCUCUCUCACGCAUUGGCCGUUCUUCUGGCGCUUUGGGUCGUCCUUUCACGCUCACACCGUUUCCAUCGCAUGCAUGGCUCGACUGGGCUGUGGAGCACUUUGUUCCGCGCUGGUGGCUCUUACGUCAAGCGUACGACGUGAGCUUGGACACGCGCCGACGCGCCAUCCGCAAGGCACAGCGCCUGGAAAAGUCACAGUAG